UUUAUCUGAUUCCCAUCUCUUUAGCAGCUUAGGAGUAUUCUGCGAAGUAAGUGAACCGAACCUCUUGAGAGGGAAGACGGAGUUUCUGAUGAUUCCUUGGAUGAUACUUCUCUGCAGCAGCUUCUGAAGACUCCAAGAAGCAGGCAAGGGAAACUUAUUGAAAGGGAGAUGCUGUUUCAUAUGAUUCAUUGGAUGAGAAUCAUCUUCAACUAAAUAAGUGCCUUAGAAUCAGAAAAAAGAAAGCCAAGACACUGCAACAAAUAAAACACAAAAUUUCUCAGAAUGUGAAACAAGGGAAAUGUAGGACAACAAAACAAGUAGUCUCUCAGCAAGUGAAACAAGGGACUCUUGAGAAUCGUAACGCCAAAAUGAAGCAACGUUGUAGACAGUGCGAUUCAUAUGUUGAAGAUGAGAUAGGUGAACCCAGCACACACCUUAGGAAAAGAAUCAGAAAGAGUCCAAAAGAGUCGGAAACAAAACUGAAAGAGAAGAAGCAAGCGGGUAAGAAGAAAGUGAAGAAUGCUUCAAACUCAAAAACUCUAGCAGGUCAAGACACUGCAGAAGUAAGAGAUGAGGAACCGGAGUAUCAGUGUGACAUGGAAGGUUGCAUCAUGAGUUUUAGCUCAAAACAAGAGCUGAUCUUGCACAAAAGGAACAUUUGUCCUGUAAAAGGGUGUGAGAAGUUCUUCUCACACAAAUAUCUGGUGCAGCAUCGUCAAGUUCAAAUGUAUGACCAACCUCUUGAAUGCCCUUGGAAAGGUUGCAAGAGGACAUUCUAGUGGGCAUGGGCUUGAACCAAACACAUCAGGGUUCACGUGGGUGCUUGUCCUUAUGUGUGUGCUGAGGAAGGAUGUGGGCAGACAUUUUGGUUUGUGUCAGAUUUCAGUUGUCACAAACGAAAAACCGGUCCUUCAACAAAACAAUUGCUUGGAUCUUGA